AUGGAAAACGGAAAAAAAGCACUUGCAAAUGAAGAAAUAUACACCACACGAGUAACACAUGGUGGCCGUCAUCCUGGGUCAAUGGAAGCUGAGGGCUUAGGGAUACCUUUUGAUUUGAUCGAGCGAGGAGGAGAAUGGAAGGAUCAACUUGGUCGUUUGGAGACUCAUUACUUGAGUAAACUUCCAUCUCCUUUUACGAGAGAGUGGAUAGCUGUCUGUGAGAAGGAGAUGGAUGAAGUUGAUGAAAACGAGGAUGAAGAUGAAAACAUCAUAAAUCUGGAUAUAGACAAAGAAGUAGAUUCCGUAGAAUUCGUGGAGGAAGAUGGAAGAAACCAGUCGAAAGAAAAGAAAAGAAAGGGGAAGCAAAGGGCAACUCAAAGCAUUAAAACAAGCAUGUCAACACAAAAAAAACUUCCAUUAUCAAGUAACAGCUCCGAGAUGCUUCAAGAGUAUAUUGUAGCUGCUAUUACCAGUCCUUCCGUUGGUAGACUAGAAGAGUAUGAAAACCUUGUGCCUAAGAUUGUUGAUACGAACAAAGAGGUAGCUAGCAGAGGGACAGAAGAUUUACUUCUGAUAAACAUGACACAGCAACUGGCUAAAGAUAUAAAAAUCCUCAUGAUACAGCAACAGCGUUUAAAUUCACAAAUGCAACUACUCAUGGCUAUCAACAAUGCUUCUCAAAGCAUAAAUACUAACGCCAGCUUGUCUCAACCGCCUAUCUUUCCUGUUCUUUCUACUACUCAUUCAAUGUCACCUUUACUUUCCCUUACACUACUCCUCUUGCUCCUCUCCCUAUCCAGAAACCAAUUUCUAUAA